AUGAUACGCCGGCCACCGAAAGAUGGACGCAAUUCAUCCCCUCGCAGAAACUUGAGCAGAUCAGCCACGGCACCUGUUGGCCAGAGGCCACAGUAUCCGCCAGAUGAUGCCCGAGCCAUGAGUCCCAGGAGGAACAACCGAGAAUUAGAAGUCUUAGAGACGAAUAUCAGGAAGACAUUGAAAAGACAAGCCGACCGAUUCCAGUCCUCUCUUACUGCUCUCACUGAAAAGAUGAACAAGGUCAAAUUGAACCACGAAGAGCUCGAGAAGCAGAACCAACUCCUCGGAGAAUAUAUAUCCCAUCUCGGCCAGAGGGUGGCGGAGGCGAACCCUCAUUUACAGCGAAGUGUGGUGGCUCCUGGGUCGAAGAAGGAAGGCGAGACCUGA